CUUGGGCGCCAGUGAUCUUCCUGCUUCAGCCUCAGUAGUUGGGACUAUGGGUGCCCACCACAGACUCAGCUAGCUUUUCUAUUUUUAAUAGAGAUGGGGAUCUUGCUGUUGCUCAGGGUGGUCUUUAACUCCUGAGCUCAGACUAUGCACCCACCUCAGCCUCCCAUGGUGCUGGGAUUACAGUGUGAACCACCUUGCCAGGCCCCUCAUAUUUGAUUUUAAAGUACUGUUCUGCUACUCAAAUAUUUCCUCAUAAUCCCCUGCAAUAGAUUUUGAGACUAAAAAUGUUCCACUUGCACCACAAAGAGUAUUAAUAUUCCACUGGCUGUUAAUUCAAUGUAGAGACUAGGUUCCAGGGACUCAAAGUUUCUAUAAGACAGAUCUCAGUAGUACUUCGACUUUAAUGUGGCUUACCCAUCAUAAAUAACUUUCAAAAGAAAUUUGAAUUUCAAAAUUCUGUGAAAGAUGAUAGAGUAGAAUAUGGACAAUUGAAAAUUAUAUUAGGAGAUGGUAUAAAAUAACUUGAAGUAGUUUCUCUCUUACUACAUUGGAUGCUUCUUGGGGACCCAGUUUAUACAUGGCCUGUGGAUUUUAUGAAAAUGGAAAAUUAUGAGGCAUUUGUAGACUUUGAUCUCUGUAAGAUACCACUCUCCAGUGUUGCUCAGAAGAUUCUGUCUGCUAUGCAUUCACAUGACUUAGUGGAUUCUGAGAAUUGGAGAGAGAGUACAAAGACUGCAGGAGUGAUAAACAUAUCCAGUUCUAAGCAUUCAGCACCACCUGAGGAUGAGAAGAAUCAAUCACUGGGAAAAAUGAAUCCUAAAUUUUUAAUGAGCCAGACAUCAAGAGGUCCCGCCAAGCUCCUUCCUCCAUCCUCCAGUGUCAGGUGCACACAUCAGCUAUCUACUGACCAAAACCAGGAUGGCAGCAGCUCAUUGGCUCUUUCCAGUUGUUUAAUUGCAGAGUAUAAUCGAGAGGCUUCAGUUUUACAGAAAAUGGAACAUAAUGGAAAGCAUGUCCAAGAGAAAAAUAUAAAUAAUGAAAAUAAGAGAAGCACAAAUCUUAAAAGAAAACUUAUUACAUAUAAUUCAUCAGAGAAAAUAAGUAAACAAAUGGCAUUGGAACAAAAUGUUGAAAAGGUUGAAGCCUUCUUAAAUUCUGAGUACACAAGAGCACUUAAAAAACAUUUUUCUGAUAUUCGGUGUUUGGAUGAUGUGGCAAAAAGCCAACUGAUUGAAACAGUCAAACAGGCAGCAGCCCUGGUGGUAACGCUAAUGUAUAAGGAUGGCUCAACCCAGCUAAGAGCUGACCAGGCUCCACUUCCCUCUGUUGAAGGAAUUGUCAUGCUACUCAAGCCCCAAGAAGAAGGCAGCUGUGGCAGUGUUCUGGGAAAGGCAGUCCCUUCUGGGGAUCAGUGUAUUUACAUACAAACAGAGCACUCUUCUAUCAGGGGCCAAGAAGAAGAAGCAAAUAAUCAAUUUGCUAGGAAUGUGCUAUUUCGAAUGCUGAAAUGUAAAUGCCCUGUUAUUUGUUUUAAUGCUAAGGAUUUUGUGAGAACAGUGCUGCAGUUUUUGGGUAGUGAUGGCAGCUGGAAGCACGUUGCUGAUUUUGUAGGACUAGAUCCCAGAAUUGCUGCGUGGCUUAUAGAUCCUGGUGAUGCCACAUCUUCUUUUGAAGAUUUAGUGGCAAAAUACUUUGAAAAAUCCAUAACAGUGAAAGUGAGCAGCACAUAUGGAAAUUCCUCAAGAACUCUAGUGCAUCAAAAUGUACAUGUGAACCUGAGGAUACUCUACAGACUUACAAUGGACCUUUGUUCUAGAUUAAAGGUUUAUGGUUUGUGGCAACUGUUUUGUACUUUGGAGCUUCCUCUGAUACCAAUUUUAGCAGUGAUGGAGAGCCACAGCAUCCAGGUGAACAGAGAAGCCCUGGAGAGGACAUCCGCACUUCUCGGGGCUCGUCUCAAGGAAUUAGAGCAAGAAGCUCAUUUUGUUGCCGGGGAACAGUUCCUUAUAAUGAGUAAUAAUCAGCUCCGAGAGAUCCUUUUUGGCAAGUUAAAGCUGCACCUACUGAAUCCAGGAAAGAGUCUUCCCAAAAUGAGGCUACAGAAAUACCCAUGCACGUCGGAAGCUGUGUUGAGUGCUUUGCAAGACCUUCAUCCAUUACCCAAGAUAAUUUUGAAAUACAGGCAGGUCCAGAAGAUCAAAUCAACCUUUGUAGAUGGACUACUGGCUUGCAUGAAAAAGGGCUCUGUCUCCUCAACAUGGAAUCAGACUGGAACCGUGACUGGAAGACUUUCUGCCAAGCGUCCUAACAUCCAAGGUAUCUCCAAGCAGCCAAUUCAAAUUACAAAGCCUCAAAAUUUUAAAGGUAAAGAAGAGGAGACACUCUCGAUCUCCCCGAGGACCAUGUUUGUCUCGUCCACAGGCCACACCUUCCUAGCAGCAGACUUUUCACAGAUUGAAUUGCGCAUUCUUGCACAUUUAUCUGGGGAUCCAGAACUUUUGAAGUUAUUCCAAGAACCUGAGAGAGAUGAUGUGUUUUCUGCUCUGACUUCACAGUGGAAGGACAUCCCUGUGGAACGCGUAACACACGCAGACAGGGAGCGGACCAAGAAGGUGGUGUACUCAGCGGUCUAUGGUGCAGGGAAGGAGCGGCUUGCUGCUUGCCUUGGAGUUACUGUUCAGGAAGCUGCCCAGUUUUUGGCAAGUUUUUUGCAGAAGUAUAAGAAAAUCAAGGACUUUGGCCAAGCAGUUGUGGCCCAUUGUCAGCAGACAGGCUAUGUGGUGUCCCUCAUGGGCAGAAGAAGAGCCCUGCCGAAGAUCCAUGCGCGUGACCCGCAGUUCCGGGCACAGGCAGAGCGACAGGCUGUGAACUUUGUGGUGCAAGGCUCAGCCGCUGACCUCUGUAAGCUGGCGAUGGUUCGCAUCUUUGCUGCAGUGGCCUCCUCCCCGACCUUGACAGCCAGGUUGGUGGCCCAGAUCCACGAUGAGCUGCUGUUUGAGGUGGAAGACGCACAGGUGCCCAGGUUUGCAGCUCUUGUCCAAGGAACCAUGGAGUCACUGCAACAGGUGCGGGUGCCGGAGUUGCAACUGCAGGUACCCCUAAAGGUGAACCUCAGUGCCGGCCGCUCAUGGGGAAACCUGGUGCCCCUUCAGGGGGCCCUGAGCCCUCCCUUGGGCCCAAGGGGCACUGAGCCUCCCAGCAGCAGCCUGACCACCUCUGAAUCCCACGUCAGCACCUGCCCCCUACCGCCAGCGCAUUUUUCUCCUUCGUUUUGUCUGUAGCCUCAGGCAACGUGGGAGAGGAGAGCUGGUUUCCACCAGCCCAUUGUGUGGCCUUCCCCAAGGUCACCAGCUGCUUUGUAUGUUAACCCUUUGGGGCUGAGUGACCUUGUCAUCCCUGGAGUAAAUGCUCACACA